AUGUCGAGCCAACUCGAAAACGAAGCUUCAUUUGAGGCCACCACUCUGGGCUUUCUAUGGCGUCAAUUUACUCGACCUAAGCCACUGCCCACAGGUAUCACGCUCGCCGGUCAAGUGGCAAUUGUUACCGGAAGCAAUGUCGGACUCGGGUUCUCAGCCAGCCGACAGCUGCUCCAGCUCGGACUCUCACACCUGAUUAUGGGCGUCCGCUCACAGGCCAAGGGUGAUGUGGCUGCGGCCCAGUUGCGCACAGACUUUCCUUUUGCCACGAUAUCUGUCUGGAUUGUUGAUAUGGAGUCAUAUGACUCUGUUUGCGCUUUCGCUAGCCGCUGCGAGAGCUUGGAUAGGAUCGAUAUUGUGAUCCUCAAUGCCGGGCUAAUCAAGACUCCAUACACCGUCGUGCGAGCAACAGGAAACGAAGUCACAUUACAAGUCAACUAUCUGUCAACAGCCCUUCUCACGAUUUUGCUCCUUCCCAUUCUCAAAGCAAAGAAGAGGGUUGACUGUUCAUGGUCGCCUGUUAUCAGCAUCGUAGGUUCAGAUCUAAUGUAUGAGAAUGAAGUCGAACUCGAGGGCCCAGUGCUGCCACAGUUCCAGCAAGAAGAGACAUUCAGCCAAUUCUCUUGGUAUGGAAAGUCAAAAUUGCUGCAAACGAUGUUCAUCUCUAAGAUAGCCGAAUUUGUCAAUCCUCAUGACGUCCUCGUGAAUGUAUCAAACCCUGGUAUGACAGGUGGUACGGAUUUCUUCCGUGGAUACCCUGCUUUGAUGAUGAAGUUGAUCGCAGUCGGCCAGUGGAUUCUGGCGAGACCAGUGGAUAUGGCUGCCACUACAUAUUUAGAUGCGGUUCUGGUCCAAGGAGAGAAAAGCCAUGGCUCAUUCACGAGUGACUGGACCAUAAAGCCCUAUCCGAAAAUUUGGUACACUCCGGAGGGGCAACAGUUACGAGAGAGACUCUGGGAAGAAACCAUGGAAGAGCUAAACUUUGUAGGCGCAUCCAAAAUCGUGAAUGAUCUGAAGAGGAGCUGA